UAGACCUCAUUCACAUAGACACAUUCGCCUACGUAACAGUAAUAGACUUACGAUUCGGAAAUUGGAAAAAAAUAAGCGGGAAAUCUAAAGGGAGCGCAACGUUGCAUAAUUCGAGUUUGUUUUUGGUACGUUUCUACCUUUUCAUUCUUUUUCUACCCCAUGUUCCUUGGAUCCUGAUCCGCGAUUCCGAGAUCCCAAGAUCCCGAGACAAAAAAGAUGUUCGACACCACCCUCGGCACCGUAUUGGCCCUACUGGCCCAGCUUAUCUGGCUGAUUGUUACCCAAGUCAUUGGUUUGAUGCUCCAGCAUCCGCUGGUCACUUCAGGAUUCUGUCUGGCUGUGGGCGUGGCAUGCCAGGCUGAUCAGGAGGCGCUCAGGGAGGGCUACCAGCGGAUUCUGCUCUGGAUGAAGAUGCCAUUCCGCUUUACUUGUGGGAUCAGUUCCGGCUCUGAGUGUCUAUCACUGAGCUAUGGCUACGACAUGGAUCAUGGACCACACACCUGGUUGGGCAAGCCGGUAGGGCCUGGCUGCCGCUCCCUGGAGGACGAGCCGUGCUUCCAGAGCCCGGUGAACAUAGACGAGAGCCAGAUCCAGCGCCUGGCCAUCCGGGAGCUGCUCAACUGGAACCACUACGACGACCUACCGGCCAGCAUCCAGCUGGAGAACACUGGCCAGACCCUAGUGCUGCGCGCCCAGUUCCAUGGCAAUGCUCCGACCAUCAGUGGAGCCGAUCUCCUGGCCAGCUACACCUUUCUGGAGCUGCGCUUCCACUGGGGCUGGUGCAACAGCGAGGGAUCCGAGCACACUAUCAACCACCGCAAGUUCCCGCUGGAAAUGCAGGUGAUGCACCGGGCGGGAUCAGGAGUGCCCCGAACCUGUACCAGCAGCUACGAUCUUCUGAUGAUUGGUUAUGUAUUCGAGCUUUCGGCACACAAUCCGUUCCUGGAUCCAUUGGUUCAGAAUCUGCGCCUGGUGCAGCAACCGGGGAAGCGCGUGCAGAUCCCGCCCUUCCCACUCUCCUACUUGAUGUACGCAUUCCGCACCGGAUUCUACUCUUACGGCGGCUCGCUGACCCACCCGCCCUGCUACCAGGGCACCGAAUGGUUCAUUUUCCCCGAAUCCCUGGCCAUCAGUGACUUUCAGCUUCGCCACUUCCGCCUGCUCCUGGGCUCGGACGGAAUAUCACCCAUUACCCGUAACUGCCGCCCAGUCCAGCACAUGGGCAACCGGGUGGUCAACCUUAACUGCUUCUGCCCCUACGAUGCCGCCCAACUGGCCCGACUGCACGUGGAGCUCUGCCAGCAGCAGGCUCAGGAGGAACAGGAGGAGCGCCUGGAGCAGGAGCAGCAAGAGCUGCUCGAACGGGAGAGACAACUGCAGCGGGAGCGGGAGGCGGCUGCCAUCGCCGCAUCCGAAGAUGAGGGCCAGCUGGUGGAGACCAUCGACACCACAACCAUUAUUACCAGCAGCAGCAACACUAGCCUCUGCAUGACUACUUUGAUGCGCAAGGACUCGCCGCAAAUCAAGGAACAGGAACAGCCACAGGCUCCGGUGACCAUCGCAGCGGCCGUGCCGCCACAGAUACUCCAUCGACCGCCUGGAAUUGUGAUUUUCAGCGGUUGCAACGAGGCCAAAUCCCUGCCCGGAAAGUGCGGCCUUCAGAUGGAUGCGUCGGAGGAGCUGAUGGGCAGGGAGGCACGAGGGCCAGGUGUGGGCUUGGGCGUGGGGGUGAACCCUAGCCAGAACGGCUGCAAGGCCGAUGCCAUUUGUGGCGUUGGCGAUGGCGUCAACAUCGGACUACGCAUUGAACUCUGCGAAUAGGACUGCCUCCCGCCCUAGCCCGGGAAGCCAAAGACACUCCAGUUGUUGUCCUAGCUGCACGCGGAAUAGGAGCUCUCUAAGGGGAACUGGAAAUGGACAUGGAACAGUCUAGUCAAGGCCGAAUGGGGGCCAGCUGCUGCUCUCCAUGCAGGGAACUAAUUGAAUCGCGUGCGCGUGGAUUAAACAAGUUGCGUUUAUAUUUUCUGAAGCAUAA